GUGUGUGUGUGUGUGUGAGUAAUUGACUUGCGUAAAGAAGACUUGAAAAAACAGAGAGGGAAAAGAGGGCAUUCCAUUUCCACCCACCGCCGAUCCGAUGGAUCCAGACUCUGUCUCCAAGGCAUUCGUGGAGCACUACUACUCCACCUUCGAUUCCAAUCGGUCCGGCCUCGCCAACCUCUACCAGGACGGCUCCAUGCUCACCUUCGAGGGCCAGAAGAUCAUGGGAUCCGCCAACAUCGUCGCCAAGCUCACUGGUCUGCCCUUCCAGCAGUGCCAGCAUCAGAUUUCCACCGUCGAUUGCCAGCCCUCCGGCCCCGCCGGUGGAAUGGUCGUCUUCGUCUCUGGAAACCUCCAGCUCGCCGGCGAGCAGCACGUCCUCAAGUUCAGUCAGAUGUUCCACCUGAUGCCAACUCCUCAAGGAAGCUUCUACGUGCUAAACGAUAUUUUCCGCUUGAACUAUGCCUGAAGCUUGGUAUUGCAAACCGAACACAAACAGGGUCUCAACUGAACUUGGUUUCCCUCUGAUCGGUGUGUUCCAAAGUAAAAAAAAAGUGCUGCUAUUCCAAAAGUAAGGAUUUAGCUUCAUUUGCUUGGGUGUUUGUGUAUUCUUGACCAGUUAUUUGUGGAUAUUUGAGACUGAUUCCCAGUUGAGAUGCGUUGCGUUCCA